AUGUCGCAUGACGUCCCUAAUAUCUUUAAUCAAAUCGAUGCCAUUCUUACCGACUACCAAGCUGCAGACGGCAGCAACAACCUCAGCAUGGAGGAUCUCCGCGACCUCUUUGCUGAGAUCGUCCCCAGGGACGAUCCGUUCUUUGUCUUUCAUUUCUCCACCAUGGCGCGUUUCGCCAUUGGGCUCGAUUUCUACGCAGGUCGUGCCUUUCAUGGUACUGGAGAAGGAGACAUUAACGACAACCGUAGCUUACCGGUUUUCAUUCUACCGGCUAGCUCGGAUCCACCCCCCCAAGUGCCCUGGCACUAUGUUCCAAAAGAUAGGCCCGCUCUCAGGAGUCACUCAGGACUCCCUCCUCCCCCUGUGGUCCCAGGACUACCUCUAUUCACCCCUUCCGGCUUGCAUUCGCAACAUCCUUCACGUGCGUCGCAACAGCGCAACCUUUCCCCUCGUCGAUUGAGUUCUAUCUCUCGACGGAGAGAUCCCCUUCCUAGCCCAGUUCCUGGUCCGUCCAGGACUGCCCAGGAGAAUGGCAAAGCUCCACCCCCCCGCUUUGAACCCUACCCUGCUCUGGCAAUGGGAUCUACUGGGAACCCCAGACUUGGAGCGCACCUUAUCGGUAACCGUGGUCUCACUAGUGCCGGGACUCCCAAUUUCAGAGCUCCUUCAGUUAGAAAUUCCUCUCAAAAUCCUCCUAUCGUACAGGGUUCCUCUCAUACGGCUGCAGAAAACCGUCUCCAGGACUCGGGUAACUUUUACCAUUGUCCUCAACCUUCCCAUCAGCACCAGGAAGUUCCUACAAUAUCAAAGUCUUUUAAUCCAAAUGCUACGAUCAAAUUCGACACGUCCGCCCCGGCGGCGUCUAGAAUAUAUCCUUUCGAUGUCGAACUUCCAGAAGUCGCUAAUGCCGAAUUUUCGACUACAGCUCUCAAAGUCAGAGAAAUCGCCUUAUUCUACCAAUCUUGCAUCAAAGACUCAUGCGCUAAUCACAACGGUUCUAAGAACAAACCAGUUGAUUUCCCUCCAACGCUCGUUAGAACUUUACUGGAAUAUUCGUACAUUGAUCUGGCCCAACUCAAUGCUGAACAAGCUGUUUGUGGUAUUUCCAGGACUCAAAGAAUUGACGACUCAGAUUCUCACAAAAACUGGCAGUUUACUUCAUGUCCUCAACAAACGCCUAUCCCAGUCAAUACUAUUGCCUCCUUCCAGGACCUCAUCAACACCAUCAAAUUGGCCUACAUGGCUGUAUUCUUUCCAGCAGUCGAUUCCAUUCAAGAUUACUUUGACAAUAUCAUUGAACUCACAAAAUCUCGCAGAGCUAACAUUGCUCUUCAAAACAUUAUGGACUACGACAAAGCCUGCCGCCUCGAAUUCGCGUGUUGA